AGGUAUCCGGAUCAAAAUGGCGGUUCCCUGGAGAAAAAAUCCCAACACAAGCUUAGAAUGCCAGCCUUGGAGGAAGCUCAGUGUAGAAGGAAAGAUUCUCCUAGUAAAGGGAGUGUUCCUAGCCAGCUCUUACAGCAUCCUUUGUACCGACUCCUCUCUCAUGUGGGAGGAGAUAUUAGAUGAAGAAAAUUUGUUAGAGAGAUCAAAGAGUUUAAAUUCACAUAUCGAGGCACCUCCGACAGUUAUUACACAACAAUUAUUACAGAGGCUAUUAAAUGGCCCGUUAAUCAAGUGUAAAUAUUCAAUUAACAUUACAGAAAGUUUAUUAACUCUCUCAGUAUCGGGGCCACUGCAAGGUGAUUCUGGGCCCGAGUAUCAAUGGAAUUUUUGUCUUCACAAGACCCCCUCUCUAGUUCUAAAGCACCAAUUGGUCAAUCCAUUAUUAUCAAUGUCUGUCGAGUUGCUGCGGCAGCGGAACAGAUUAGUUGAUAUUAUUGAAAAGAAAGACAAAGAAAUAAGAGACUACAGGGAGAAUGGAGCCGUAAUAUCUAGAAAACAUUUGGAAACAUUGCCAUUUGACGAGAAAGCGUUCACUAAUGAAAUGAUUGUCACACAGGAUUUUCAAGUCUCUUCCAUUGAUCCAUUAAGCAGUAUAGAUUCAUCAUGGCAAGACUUGUACAGAGAUUUAUCUUUGUGUCGCAACUGGGUAUCAUCUACUGAUGUUACCUCAUCAACAACUGAAAUGCUUCCUGGUACUGGAGGGACGUGGGAAAAUAAAUUACCUCCUUCUUUAAUCGGCUCAGCAACCACCACACCCAGUGUAUCACCUAAGAAGAGAUCACUAGAAUCAUCCCCAUCAAAAGAUGCUGAGAAAAUGAGAAGACUAGAGCUAGAGAGACAAUUAGAGAAUAGUAAAGCAAAGAAUAAGAAAAAGAAGAAAAAGUUAAUGUAAACUAAAGCAAGUAUAGGAGCUAUGUUUUUAUCAGAGAGAUUUAUUGGAUAUAAUAUAAAAAUAUAACUAUUAUAAUGCUUUUUUACUUCUAUAAUUACUAUGCAGAAGAAUGAUCGAUUAAAUAUUA